CCUGUGGACGCAAAGUAGAAUUUCAUUAAGAACAUAAUGGAUGGAGAAGAGAAGACCUAUGGUGGCUGUGAGGGCCCUGACGCCAUGUAUAUCAAAUUGAUAUCUUCGGAUGGUCAUGAAUUUAUUGUAAAAAGAGAACAUGCGCUAACAUCAGGAACAAUAAAAGCCAUGUUGAGUGGCCCAGGUCAAUUUGCUGAGAACGAAACUAAUGAAGUCAAUUUUAGAGAGAUCCCUUCACAUGUGCUAUCAAAAGUAUGCAUGUAUUUUACCUACAAGGUUCGCUACACUAACAGCUCCACGGAGAUUCCUGAAUUUCCAAUUGCACCUGAAAUUGCACUGGAACUGCUGAUGGCUGCAAACUUCCUAGAUUGUUAAAUAAAAUUAUAUAU